AUGACCAUGGACCCCAAAGGCGAUACUCAGUCUCCCAUAGACCGAAGUGGCGGCGAUCCUGAUUCUGCGGACGUGACCGAGCAUUCGGAGCAUUUCGACCCGCUGGGCGAUCGAAGCGGACAGGGCGACGGUAAAAAUGAAAACGGUCAGAAAGCUGCGAAUGCAAAGGACCCCUCGCGCCCGCGCCGGAAAAAGCCCGGAGGGCGCGAUGAAAGACCUUGUCAACGUUGUAUCAAGCGUGGCUUACAGGACGCAUGUCACGACGGCAUCCGGAAGAAAGCAAAGUACCUUCACGAUGCCCCGGACGGAGCCCUGGUGCCCGGCAUCGGAGCCAACUUCUUCAGCAAUGGCAACAGCACCGGCGUGACCACGAACCUGCCGUCACUAUCUCGGAGUGCUUCAUCCUCGACACCGCAACAACAGCCGCAACAGCCGCCGCAAAAAACCUCUAGCACCCCGAACUUCUUCCCUACGCCUCAAGCCCAAUCGCAGCCGCCAUCGGCGCCGUACAACGUGUUCACGGAUACCACGCUUACGCAAAGCCCGUUUCCGACGCAGUCUCCGGUAUCACCGACAUUCACCCUGAAGACGGGCGUCAAUGGCAGAAACGCCAGCCUAUCUUCAACCCUCGGUCAGCAAGCCACCCCAAGCACAGCACUCUCCGGGGAUGCCAACUCAUCGCAGAAUCCCUUUGCCGGGCCCUUUUUCGACCCCAGCGACCCCGCGUUGUUCAAUUUUGAUCUCUCGAGCAUGAACUUUGAGAACCGCUAUGGUGCUUUGGAGUUUGGCAUGCUCGGUCAUAUGGCCACUGGCGCUGGAGACUCGCCGACCGACUCAGCCGGAGGCCAGCGAGGGUCGAUCGGCCGCAGUGGAUCGGCGCAGUUCUCGACGCCUGCGCCGGGCUUCAGCGAAAGUCCAGGCACUCAGCAACCCUUCCUCUUUGGCGAUCCCUUGCUGAAUGACUGGUCCACUGGCCAGGCCUCGGGCCCCGCGCAUGUGAACGUUGGCGGUGUGUAUGCGCCAAACGGUCGACUGAAUGGGCACAUGAAAGCAGACGCGCCGCAUGCCUUUGCCAUUGAGAGCGGGCCCCCAAAUUUCGCUAGCCCCGGAUCGGCCACCGCGAGUCCGCAUGUGACCGUUGCUGGCAUCGAAGACCCGGCGGCCUUUAGCAACAGCAACCCUUCCAAAUCCUCCAGCAACCCUACUUUAGCCCCGAGUAACAACGGACCGCGGCCACUGAUCACAACACCGAGCCUCAAACACCGUGAUUUGCAAGUGGGUCCUCGUCGACGUCACCGCAAUCCGUCCCUCAUCUACGAGAGCGUGAAAGAGCCAUAUGGGUAUACGAGUGGCUUCCACAAUCUCACCGCGUGUAUUCAGCGGCGAUUUAGUCCUCAGAAAACCCUGCGAAUCGCCAAGGCGCUUGCCUCCAUUCGUCCGUCCUUUAUUGCGACUACGAAGACACUCAAUCGGGAUGACCUGAUUUUCAUGGAAAAGUGUUUCCAGCGUACCUUAUUUGAGUACGAGGACUUCAUCAACGCUUGCGGUACUCCCACAAUUGUUUGUCGACGCACCGGUGAAAUUGCGGCCGUGGGUAAAGAAUUCAGCAUCCUGACAGGAUGGAAGAAGGAUGUUCUCUUGGGCAAAGAGCCAAACCUCAACGUCAACACAGGUGCCUCAUCACUACCGCAAUCUGGAACUACCUCACGCGGCAGUUUCACACCGCGCAGCUCAGCGCCUGAGAACAGUGGACGGCCCCAGCCGGUCUUCCUGGCCGAGCUACUGGAUGAUGACAGUGUGGUGGAGUUCUACGAGGACUUUGCCCGCCUUGCAUUUGGGGACUCUCGCGGUAGUGUGAUGACGCGAUGCAAGCUGCUCAAGUAUAAAACCAAAGAGGAAGAGGGUGUCUCUUCUGAGGAAUACGGGAAGUGGAACAAUCACAUCCGCAAGGGUGGAAUUGCUGGCGAAGCUGGCAUGAACCAAUUGGGCUCGAAGGAUGGCAAGGUCGAGUGCGCGUACUGCUGGACAGUCAAGCGAGAUGUGUUCGACAUUCCCAUGCUCAUCGUGAUGAACGUACGUGCACCGGUUUCCCCAAUUCCACAUGUUCACCGUGGAGUUUCCCAAAGCUGA